AUGCGCAUCAUUCACAUGACCCAAAUUUACGACCUUCUGCAAAUGACGUCUUUGAUUGAAUUCUACAUUAAUUCAGAGGGCAAACAGAUAGAUGCCACGUCAAGGCACAUUUUGGGUGCAAACGGAAACGAUGAAGAGCUCAUUGAGCAUUCAUUGAAAACCAGGUGGUGUGUUGAAACAUCGGUAUGCAGUACCUCGAAUGGAACAUGUACAACGUCUAUCAAUAUUCCCUUAAACUGUCCAACAUCUCCAGAAUAUGGAUACGAUGAUGAAUUCAUGAGAUCAGAAAUCAUGGUAUUGACGACAGCCGCUCAAAAUGAGAAUCCUCAACUGUGUUUCAAUAAUCAACUGCCGACAAUGAAGCUUUAUCAAGUGAGAACAGUGAACUGUUCAACAGAAUACAAUGAUGUCACGUGUGUCGGAUACACUUCUUACGACACGAAACGAAAAGUGAUUUCUAUUUCAUUUAAGGGAGCACAUGGACAGGAUCAGAUCAAGGAGUUAACAAAUUAUUGUAUGAAAUAUGGUCUUGAAUCAUAUUACUCCGUCACCAAUGGAAAAAUUUUCAAAGUCAUUCAAGACUACUUCUUGCUUCUCUGGAAUGGAGGAAUGCAACAAGAUUUGAGACAUUUAAAAUACAAAUAUCCGAGUUACGAACUGUGGGUGAAUGGACACUCUCUUGGAUCUUCUCUUGCUUGGGCUGCUUCUGCAUGGAUCGUCAAUAUUGGACUGUAUAAACCAGAAGAAAUGAAAGUUGUCGUUAUGGGUGCUUCGAGAAUGUCUGAUUACAAUUGGGCUGCCUGGCAUACCAAAACGUUCCCAUUCAAUUUCCACAUUCUCCAUCGAUCCGAUCCAGUUGCUCAUACUCCCACAUUUGUUCCAUCCACAAACACAACCCUGUUCUUCCCAAAAACUGAAGUUUGGUACAAUAACUACAUGCGUCAAGGAGAUCCAUUCCAAGUAUGCCAAGAGGCAGAUGGAAAUUACUGUAGUGGCAGUAUCAAUCCAAAUUCAACUCAAUACAUCGACCAUCUGUACUAUUUUAACAUUGAUAUUCCUGGAUGGGGACAUGCUGGAUGUCCCAUGAAUAUUAGUGCUUAUGCACAACCUUGA